AUGCUCGCCGCUCUUCGCUGUGUGUCAUCGCUUGUCACUGCUUGCAGUACAUUGCUUGUCACUACUUGCAGUACAUCGCUUGCUGUCGCUCGUAGCAUGUUGUUGAUCGUCGCUUGUAGCACAUCACUCACUGCAGCUCAUCGCUUGUCGCUGGCUACUUGUUACCCCGCCUGUGCUCUUGGUGCUUGCCACUACACUAGUUGUCUCUAUCUGCGUUGGUCUCUAUCUCCGUUUGAUUAUUGUUGA